CAUGUAAUGCGCACUAUUCAGCAAAAGAGUUACUUAUGAUUUCAUUCAAAACCACUGUCAUCGCUCUAGCAAGAGGAUUGUAGUAAUUUUUGAAAUUUCGAAUACAUUUUGAUGAAAAUACUAGAGCAAAGUGACGCGAACAAUGUGUACCCACCUGGCUUCAAACACGUUCUAAUUCAUCUGAUUGCUUGUGUCAAAUAUUUUCGCACCAUGAAUUGUAUCACAAACUGUAGUUAAUAUAAACCUAUAUAGUCUAAUAACCAGUCAAUUAAGAAUAAUUCAUAUCUUCAUUGAUACAUUAUAGAAAUGUCCGAGGCUUUAUCCUUACUCACAUGUUGUGCAUAUUCAAAAGAGUCGGUUGACAAUGAAGAAAUAGUAAGGUGGCAGCGAAAACGUAACAAGGAAAUAGAAAAAGAAUUAAAAAAGGAUAAAAGUCGUCUUCGCCGACGACAAAUGAUCUUGUUGCUGGGAACAGGUGAAAGUGGAAAGAGUACAUUCCUGAAACAAAUGAAAAUUAUCAAUGGAAAACAUUUUACAAAUCAAGAAAUUGAACAGCUCAAGGAUAUUAUUUACGAUAAUAUAUACAAAGGUGUAUUAUUUUUACUCCAGGCACGAGAAAGUCUCAAUAUUCCUUGGGGUGGUGGAGAUGAUUCUGCUGCUGCUCAGGCUGGUAGAGAUAUUGAAAUUCACUUCAGAGAUACUCGAAUGAUGCGUCAUGAACGCGCUCGACUUAGUCAACCACUUUGGUUAGAAGAGGAGUUUUUAGAAAUUGUGCCUGCAUUACGCGCAAUCUGGGAAGAUACAAGUAUACGAUCGGCGUUUGAACAGCGUUCAAAAAUAAUUACAGAAAAUUUUAGUGAAAUACGCGUUAUUAUCUGAAUCGUUUAAAUUAUAUUGGAGUAGAAAACUAUCGUCCAACUGAUGAAGAUAUAGUCUGGUCACGUAAACCCACAGAAUCCAUUAUUGAAGAAGAAAUAAACUUACACUCAUUGUCACUUGUAUUUAUUGAUGUUGGUGGUCAACAAAAGAACGUCAAACCUGUGAGACUAUCUUGCGAACCAAUUCGUGAUUGAUCCACAGACAUAUUGGUGUGAUUGGUAAAAAUCCAUCCAGUAACUUCGGAGCACACAAUCUAAGCUGCACAAAGUAAUCAUUUCCUAAAAUGUGGAUGUAUGUUUCGAUUAUCUAUUAUGAAAAAUGGGAUAAUAUUACGAUAGUUCUUCCUAUUUUUAAUAAUAUAUAGCUAAAUCCGUUCCCGUCACUUCGUUUAGGCAAUAUUUACUCUGGACAACAUAUGUAUUGAUUGUAUGAACUGUCAAUAAUCAACAUUACUCAAAUGAAACCGACUGGAAUUACAAAUGAGAGUAAACGAUUUGGUAAGCGUAAGCGCUGAAGUGAAACACGAC